GCACUUUUGGUCCCAGAUCUGAAGAACAGCCUCUGCAUCGUUCCCGAGGAGAACGCUCACAUCACGACAACAAGACAUCCACACUGACGCUUCUUUUGUGGGAAGAAUCAUGGCACUUGCAGGAAUCCUGAAGCAAGACGACAUCGCAGCAGCCAUGCAGGCUUGUCAAGCGCAAGGAUCUUUCAACCACGAGUCGUUCUUUGAACAAGUGGGUCUGAUCGGUAGAGCCUCUUCAGACGGGGAGAAGGUGUUCAAGGCCCUGGACCAGGACAAGAGCGGAUACAUCGAAAAAGAGGAGCUGAAACGCUUCCUCCAGAACUUCUGCUCGAAGGCCAGAGAGCUCACAGAGGCCGAGACCAACACUCUUCUGGCAGCCGGAGACAAAGAUGGAGAUGGAAAAAUUGGGAUCGAAGAAUUCUGCGCCUUGCUGAAAUGAGAACGAGGCCAGCGUCCUGACCUGCAUUUCUCGAAAUGUUUCAUAUUUGUUUUGCGUGUCUUAUCAGUGAUGGCUUUUGUUUCCCCUGAAUUGCUUAUUAAAAUAUAUGCUUAGUAAGUCUUUGUAGUGAAUGAGAUAGUCAUGUUUGGGAACUAAAUUAAAAACGUCACGCUUCUGUAGUUAUUGAAUAUGAAACUGCUUAAUCAAAUAAAAUCUCCAAGUGAAGGACUUCUUUUAUCCAA